AUGGGGGUCCAAAAACGAUUUGUUCAAAUAAGCGAUACGAAACCGAAUAUACAAUAUUCCACAUUAAAGAUCGACAGCAAAAUCGAGAGCGACUAUCAUUCCACUGAUGUAGAAAGUAACGAUUCGACUGACUUAGUUCAUAGAAUAACGUGUAAUAUAAAAUAUGGAUGCCAAAUCGAAACCCGGUGUUCCUUAAAGUGCGGGUUGCAUAAGAACGAAGACGAAUACGUAAAGGGAUCGAUUAGAAGGAGGGUACGGGUCGACGGAUAUGGUGGUGCAAGGCGAGCCGCUAAUUUAAAAUUUAAAUGUGUGUGGGAUACAGAAGAGUGUACGGAUGCCAUCGGGAGGACAAUGGGAGUGCACGUGCGAGUGGUUGCCGUGAUAGGACUCGUGCUCAUGUUGCUGUCGACGAGCGCCGCCGCACCGACGAGGCAGGGGCGAAGUACGCACGUCGAGAAAAAUGCGAAAAGUUACCUGGAGGCAUUUGGGUAUUUGAAAAAAGGACAUCCAGAAGUUGGCAACUUGUUAAUGGGAGACGUCUCGCAAUCCUACGAAGAUGAUUUUAGGAUUGCCAUCAAAACUUUGCAAGAAUUCGGCGGUAUUCCUGUAACGGGUGUGGUAGACCACGCUACGAAAGAACUAAUGAGAAGAAAAAGAUGCGGGAGACCAGACCGAGAGCCUGGAAAUGACGAAAACGGAAAACGAAAAAAGAGAUUUGCAGUUCAAGGCGAGAAGUGGAAAUACACAAAUUUAACAUGGAGG